CGGAUGAGUCACAAUCGACUCGCUUAUAAACGGGGGAUUACGAAUUGGCCGGUUUAUCAGUAGAUUUACUUCUAAUCUGAAUUCAUUUUGGUCACUGCUUUGCCACCCUUACAAAUAUCAAAAUUGUUCGGAUAAGCCUCGGCCUGUCUCGUCCUUCACACUUCGCAGUUCGCACCAUGAUCUCAGUUACCAACCCAUCUUCUCUCAACCUCCCUCUCUCCACCUCCUUUCUUCCCCGCCACCGCCGUCUCCUCCUCCGCCCACCACCUUCCCAACCCAGAACCCUGCCAAAACCCUCCUCCGCCGCCAUCAACCCACCCCCAUCCUCCUCCCCAUCCCCGCCUAACCAGCAACUCUACCAACCGUUCCGUUCUCCUCCCUCCCCUCUUCCCCCCCAAUUCCGCUCCCUCGACGUCGCCGGCCGCCUCCAAAUCCUCGCCAACCGCCUUGGCCUCUGGUUCGACUACGCCCCCCUCAUCCCUUCCCUCUACCAAGAGGGCUUCUCCCCUCCCUCCAUCGAGGAAUCCACCGGCAUCUCCGGCGUCGAACAGAACCGCCUCGUCGUUGCCGCCCAAGUCCGUGACUCCCUCCUCCACUCCCAAACCGAUCCCCAAAUCAUCUCCUUCUUCGACGUCGCCGGCGCCGAAUUGCUGUAUGAAAUUCGGCUCCUGAGCGCCGCCCAGCGCGCCUCCGCCGCGCGCUACAUCGUCGAAAACCGCCUUGACGGGAGAGGCGCGCAGGAGCUUGCCCGCGCCAUGAAGGAUUUUCCCCGGAGACGCGGGGAUAAAGGAUGGGAGAGUUUCAAUUACGCUCUCCCCGGAGAUUGUCUUUCCUUUAUGCGCUUUAGGCAGAGCAGAGAGUGCAAAAAUCCUUCCGCCCAGAGGACGGCGGCGCUAGAAUUAGCAUUGGAGGCCGCUGAGAGCGAGAAGGCGAAGGCGAGAAUUACGGAAGAAUUGAAGGAAGGUUCCGGCGGUGGGGACGGCGAAGAGGGGAAAAUUGACGACGGGGUUAGGGUUCCGGUGGUGAGGUUGAAGGUGGGUGAGGUAGCGGAGGCGAGGGUGGUAGUGGUUUUGCCGGUGUGCAGGGCAGAGGAGAGAGAGAAAGAGGUGGUGGAAGCGCCGUGGGAGUGCAGGAGUGAAGGAAAGUUUGGCGUGUUUGAGGCGGAGAAGGGGUGGCGGAGGUGGGUGGCGCUGCCGGGAUGGGAGCCGGUGGUGAGUUUGGCAAAAGGGGGAGUGGUGGUGUCCUUUGCCGACGCGAGGGCAUUGCCAUGGAAGGUGAAUAGAUGGUAUAAGGAGGAGGCUAUACUGGUGGUGGCUGAUAGGGGGAGGAAGGAGGUGACGGCAGAUGACGGGUUCUAUUUGGCAGCGGUUUCGAGCCAAGAUGGUGCCGGCAGUGUGUUGAAGGUGGAGAGAGGAUCAGCGUUGAAGGGAAUGGGCGUGGAGGAUAGUUUAGGGACUGUGGUCUUGGUUGUGAGGCCACCCAGAGAAGUAGAUGAUCAGCUGCGUGAUGAAGAUUGGGAGUGAAAGUUUGAGGAGAUAGGAGAAGGAUUUUAAUUCAGUUCACCAUUGAAGAUGGAAAUCCAUGUGGGUUUGUAUGAAAUUUCAGUUUUGGGUUUUCAUUUCAAUGGGUUGUGAGGGGAUUAAUUUUGAUGCCUUUGGUUUUCUUGGCUUUGGUUGGAAUUCUGUGUUUCAUUAUUUAUUUGGAGGACUCAAUCCUCUCAUCCUUUGUUGUACAAAUGUUUUAGCAACAUGUAAUAUGAUUAAGAAUUUUGCUGCA